CCCGUUGUUGUUGUGAUCGAAAAUCCUUCCUCGAUCUCUGAUGGACGCAGUUGAAUAUUGGCAUUUUCAACAAUAUGGUGAACUACACGAAGUUUGGUAAUCAGUCUUACUCUGCCUUAAAGGAUAAGGCUAAGACAUCUGGACAGCUUUUUGUGGACGACCUCUUCAAGGCAGAUACAUCAUCAUUGUUUUUCAGCCGCUCUUCGCCACCCUUCGCAGUCGAGUGGAAAAGGCCUAAGGAAAUAUGCGAUGAUCCCAGGUUCACAGUAGAUGGGGCCAGUAGUGCUGAUGUUACCCAAGGUCGUCUAGGAAACUGUUGGUUUGUUGCUGCUGCUGCAUCUCUGGCUGAAGAGAAAAACUUAUGGUCAAAGGUUAUACCAGACCAUAAAAACCAGGAGUUUAACCCAGAAAAGGCAGAAGAUUAUCAAGGGAUUUUCCGAUUCAGAUUUUGGAGAUUUGGAGAAUGGAUAGAGGUUGUUGUGGAUGAUCGCCUUCCUGUCUCUAAUGGUGAACUUUGCUAUGUGAAAUCAAAAGCAAGAAAUGAGUUUUGGAGUGCACUGCUGGAGAAAGCAUAUGCAAAACUUGCAGGGACAUAUGAAGCUUUAGAAGCUGGAAAUCCUUCAGAGGCAUUGGUUGAUUUUACUGGAGGUGUUAGCGAAUACAUUGACUUGGUUUCUGGCAACUAUGCCAAUGAUCUUGAAAAGCGCAAAGAGCUGUUCCAGAAGCUCUCUAAAUACAUGGAUAGGCAGUCUAUGACAAGUGCAUCUAUUAAGGUUACAAAACGUGAAGAAAUGGAGCAACGCCUUGAUACUGGACUCAUCAAAGGUCAUGCAUAUGGCAUAACAGCUGUUGAAAAGAUACCUCUGGGUGACAGUUUUUUCUCAUCAUUCAAUACCAAUCGGUUGUUUAUGAUUCGACUUCGAAACCCUUGGGGCGAAAAGGAGUGGAAUGGACCAUGGAGUGAUGGCUCUGCAGAGUGGAACAAAGUUAGCAAAAAGGAAAGAGACAAACUUGGAAUAACUGUCGAAAAUGACGGCGAAUUCUGGAUGUUGUUUGAGGAUUUUUGCCGCCAUUUCACCAACAUCACUGGCUGUAGGUUGGUAAAUACAUCAGUUUUCAGUUUCCACAAAACCUGGCAUGAAGGCAGCCACAAAACAAAGUGGGUCGAGGGUCAAAAUGCUGGUGGCUGCAUCAACAAUAAGCAGACAUUCCUUACGAACCCCCAGUUUCGCUUUGACAUUACUGGAAGUGAAAAGGAUGUCGCCAUGAUUAGCCUGAUGCAGAAAGACAAGCGAAGGGAGAAGAGCGAAGGAAGAGGUGGUGAAAAUCUCACCAUUGGAUUCUUCAUAAUGCAGAUCGAGCUCAACCGCGCAUAUAGAAUUCACUCAGUCUACGAAAAAGCCGGUGACUCCACGUUCAUCAAUUCAAGAGAGGUUUUCUCACGCCUAGAGUUGGACCCAGGACGAUACGUCAUAAUUCCAUCAACUUUUGAACCAAAUAUUCCCGGUGAAUUCUUGUUACGAGUUUACACCAGUAGCAAUCCUCAUUUCAGAUACAUUGAACACGACGAGCCGAUGCCGCCCUGGUGGUCGUGUUGUCCGUGCUACAACCCACCGCGUUGCGUUCUGUCUGUCUUCGUUAUUGCUGUUGAUCACCUGAAAAAGACGAGCGGCCGAAGUAUGACUCUAGACCCUUAUGUCUCCAUUGAAUGCGAAGGCGAAACUGUAAAGACAUCCGUAAAGAGCAGUACAGAAAGUGCGAAAUAUGAAGAAGGGGGCUUGUUCUACGUGAAAAAGCCACAGACGUCCAUGCUUAAGUUGAAGGUAAUGGAUCACAACACUAUGAUGCCUGAUUCCUUGAUUGGCGAAGUUGAGUUGAAAAUCACGGCCAAUGACAAGACGUUUUUGGAGACACACCGCGUGAAAAUAAAAGAUUCUGCAGGAGCAAUGGUAGACGGAGAUGGCACUGUCAGCAUCAGAGUUUCUUGUUCAAAUAAUCUUCGCUUCAUGUAAUCUGUUGCCUCUAGUAUACUAAACCUGUUUGGUAAUUUAGGAGAAACUGCUAUCAAAGAUAUGCAAGGCGGUCAAUUUUUGGAUGCAAGAAAAAUUUUCUAAUCUGGAGUGUGUUUUGGCCCUGACCAAUAAAGUAGGCCCCUUAGGCAGCAAAUUGUUAUUUUACGUGAAAAUUUCUGUCUGUAUCCAAUACUCAGUCAGCUGCCUUUUAUCGAGGGAUUUUAGAAAAAAGGUAACAUUUAUUCUUCUUUUUUAAGGUCUAGGAAAAUAUUUAAAGUGUUUAUGUCAUACAAUUUUGACAAAAUGUUGUCAUUUUAAUGUUGGACCCUUUUUGAAAACUGGCGAAUAUAACCACAGUUUUGAUGCAGAUAAUCACAACAGCCGCCAUAACGUUUUUUGUUUUUGAUAUAAUUAUCUUUUUAUGUUUUUCUUUAGAUACUCUCAGAUAUUUUUCCGUAUUUAUUAAAAUUAAAAAUAAUAUUAAAUUAGUUUACGUAGAGAUAAUUUUCAGAAAGCAAUAAAUUUUUCAAGACAAAUAUUUGAUCUUGGACUUUCAUAUUCUAUUCUCGCCGUUGUGCAGCUUAAGUAUAAUCAAAAACCGGGGAAUUUUUUCUACAUUCUUCUACAUUAAUGACAAUUUCAUUUGUAUUUUUGUAACCUUCUAUUUAAAGCUUUUAGAUUAAUACAGGUAUUAUUUUAAAAGGUAA